UGCUUCCUACUUUCUUACUUUCUUUCCUCCCUCUCCCUGUCUCCUUCCCACUCCCGCAGCCCUUCUUUUUUUCCCUUCUCUCCUCUCCACUUCCAGCUGUUUUUGGCUCCGAACAGCAGGAGCGGAGGGGAAGUUCUCCACCAAUUGUCUGGGUCCUGAGAGGAGCUUGUUGGUCGGACCCCACCCUCCUUCUGUCUCUCUCCUCUCCCCUCCUGUCCCGCUCGCUCUCUUCUCCCUCCUCGCCGUUCGUCUCUCCUCCCCCUGUUGUGAGAGAGCACACCUGCUUGAUUUUGGCUGCACGCUCUCCGAUUCAAACAACACCACAGGCCCCGUCAGCCACUUCGUACUCUCAUCCGCCCACUUGACAGGAUUUUGGAAGUCAAGCUCAUCUCAUCGGUUUCUACUCUUCUUGCCUGGCUUCCACUGAGAACAGGCUCUCUGCGAGCAGCACCAUGCGGACCGCCUGCCUCUCCCUGCUUCUGGUCACCGCCUGCUGGGCUCUGCCCUUCCAUCAAACUGGCUUCCUAGACUUCAUGAUGGAGGACGACGCUGGAUCGGGGGUUGAUCCAAUCGGGCCUGCCCCCCCUGGCGACCCUGCAGGGCCGAAGUGCCCAUUCAGAUGCCAGUGUCACCUCCGUGUGAUCCAGUGCUCUGACCUUGGUCUAAAGGAAGUUCCUGCUGACAUUCCUGACGAUGCCACUUUGCUGGACCUGCAGAACAACAAGAUCACCGAGAUCAAAGAGAGCGAUUUCAAGCACCUGAAAGGAUUACACGCUCUCAUCCUUGUGAACAACAAGAUCACCACCAUCCACCCUAAAGCUUUCAGCCCUCUCACCAAGCUGCAGCGGCUCUACCUGUCCAAGAACAUGCUGAAGGAGAUGCCGGCCAACAUGCCCAAGAGCCUGCAGGAGCUUCGCAUCCACGAGAAUGAGAUCACCAAGAUCAAAAAGGCCUCCUUCCAGGGGAUGUCCCAGGUCAUUGUGAUGGAACUUGGGUCCAACCCUCUGAAGAGUGCAGGAGUUGAAGCUGGUGCCUUCGCUGACCUGAAGAGGGUCUCCUACAUACGAAUUGCAGACACUAACAUCACAGAAAUUCCUAAAGGUCUGCCUAGCUCUCUGUCUGAGCUUCACCUGGACGCAAACAAGAUCACCAAAGUGACAUCCAGCACCCUGAAAGGCCUGAAGAAUCUGGCCAAGCUCGGCCUGAGCUACAAUGAGAUCAGCACUGUGGAAAACGGCAGCUUAACUAACGUGCCACAUCUGAGAGAGCUGCACCUGGAUAACAACGCUCUGACCAGCGUUCCUCCUGGCCUGCCUGACCAUAAAUACAUCCAGGUGGUCUACCUCCACGCCAACAAGAUUGGCGCUGUGGGAACGGAGGACUUCUGCCCCCCUGGCUUCAACACCAAGAAGGCCAUGUACUCGGGUAUCAGCCUGUUCAGCAACCCGGUACCCUACUGGGAAGUUCAGCCAAUCACCUUCCGCUGCGUCUUUGACCGCUCCGCUAUUCAGCUCGGAAACUACAGGAAGAAGUAGAGCCGAGCUCCUCCGCGAGCAAGAAUGUGUUUAUAGAUGAGAGCAUGAACGUUUUGCAAGUGUGUGUUAGACCAUAACCCCACAACACUGACUCCCACCACUUCUCCUUUCCACCACUGCCAGCGUACAAAUUAUGACGUAUUAAUCUACACUCUGCUUUCCAACG